ACAGAUGGAUGGUACCGCCUGUGUCUAAGACAUCCUCAACUCCCAGCCGCAAUCGAAGCUUCAACCGUCUUCGUCGUCCCUUCACGCAAGAUUUCCACGCCGCCAUUCCUCUUCAUUGGUCAGCCAUUCUUCGCUCACGACUUAUCGGCAUUCCAGAUCGCUCACGACACUGGUUGCUGAUUUUGUCUCAGAUCUGUCCUCGCGGCAGCAAAUCCAGCUGCAUCCUGUGGCCGCCGUUCGAUCCUUGACUCCACCGUCGAUGCAAUUGCUCGUUACUUAUUUGAGAUUGAGAUUUGGGCAUUUACUUUUUCUCGCCAUCAAUCAAUGAAGCAUAUAGUUAAGAUUUUGACAUUAUUGGUGGCCAUAUCAGCUCUGUGGAUUGGCCUCUUGCAGACAUCUAUAUUACCACAUGGCCACACUUGGUUGCUACCCAUCUAUUUUAUUGUCUCCCUGGGAUGCUAUGGUUUGUUGAUGGUUGGAAUCGGUCUAAUGACAUUUCCAACUUGCCCUGCAGAAGGAUUGUUGCUGCAGAAGGACGUUGAUGAGGCCAAAGAGUAUCUUAAGAAAAAAGGGGUUGACGUAAAUUCUAAUUAACAGACUUCGCAAUCCCUUUGUCUUCUCUCCUCUUUAUCAGAUUUUUGUUUGUUUAAUUACGUUGAAGAACACUUCAUCCAUCUCAAAGAGGGUUUUUAUUUUUAUUUUUGUAUUUGAAUCCUUAUGAAAGGCAGUGAAUGGAUUCAUGUAUAGAACAGGUUCAGCUAAUUCAGUCAGUAGGUCACAUAAUCUUUCAUUUUUAAAUAGGGGUAGCAAAACUCUGACUUCUCUUUGUUUCUGCUUUUUUAUACGUUUCUUAUAUGAUUAUAGUUGAUAUUUGUACUUGAUUUUUUAUGUUGAUGUUCAUAACCUUAAGUUCAAUACAUCUUGGAAUCGACUACUGUAAAGUUUGUCUUA